AUGGAGGUGGAAUCUAGAAAUCAGGAGGAAGUGGGUUUUUUUGUGCUUGGAUGUUUGUGGGUUAAGCGCUUUCCAAAGAAGUUCCUUUCUGAAAUGGUUGAAAUUGCCAAGCAAGCAAAAAAGAUUGCAAAAGAUGAUCCAAGAAAAGUGAUCCAUUCACUGAAAGUUGGACUAGCACUUAAUUUAGUUUCAUUGUUCUAUUACAUUCAGCCUUUGUAUAGAAACUUCGGUGACUACGCAACGUGGGCUGUCAUUACUGUGGUUGUUGUCUUUGAAUUCACCGUUGGUGCGACACUUGGAAAAGGGAUAAAUAGGGGGUUGGCAACCCUGGCAGCUGGUGCUCUAGGCCUUGGAGCUUAUCACUUAACUACCAUUACUGGAAAACCCGGUGAACCGAUAUUAAUUGGAAUAUUUGUCUUCCUACAAGCUGCGGCAUCAACAUUCAUACGAUUCUUUCCCAGAGUGAAGGCUAGAUAUGAUUAUGGGAUGCUAAUCUUCAUCUUGACGUUUUGUUUGGUAUCCAUAUCUGGUUUUCGAACCAAUGACCUACUUGAUUUGGCUCUAAAGAGGCUGUAUACCGUACUAAUAGGUGCAUCAACUUCUGUGAUUGUUUCCAUUUUUGUUUGCCCUGUAUGGGCUGGUGGAGAUCUUCACAAGCUUGUAGCUCUAAACUUAGAGAGGCUUGGAAAAUUUUUAGAAGGUUUUGCAGAUGAGAUUUUGAAUUCGACAGAAGCUAAACAAUCUGAAAAUGAUGUACAAUUUCGGGGUGGCAUGAAUGGCAUUCUGGAUUCGAAAAACAGAGAAGAAAUCUUGGCUAACUUUGCCAGGUGGGAACCAGGGCACGGUCAGUUCAUGUAUCGCCAUCCAUGGAAACAAUACCUCAAGAUAGGGAAUUUGACAAGGCAGUGUGCCCGCAGGGUUGAAGCCCUCAAUUGCUACCUAAAUCCUAAAACUCUGGCAUCAAAAGAGAUCAAUGGAAUGAUUCAGGAGGCAUUUUCAAACAUGAGUUCAGAAUCUGGAAAAGCAUUAAAAGAACUAGCAUUGGCAAUCAAAACGAUGACUAUGCCAUCCUCUCCUAAUCCGCAUGUAACGAACUUGCAAAUGGCAUCUAGAAACCUAAAAUCCUUUCUAAAAUCAGAUUUCUGUGAAGACGUUAAUUUUCUGAAAAUAAUGCCAGUUGCUGCUGUUUCUUCACUACUGAUAGAAACAGUUAACUGCGUAGAAAAUAUUGCUGACGCCGUUAAUGAAUUAGCUUCUCUUGCAAAUUUUAAAGGCAGCAAUUCAAAUGGAGCUGGCCAAAAUUCAUCAAAGACACAAUGCAGGAUUUUUGAACAGCCUCCAGAGGAUGAAACUCCACAUGUGAUUUCAAUUAAUGAACCAACUUCGGCUAAUGAGGAAAGCCAAUCUUCUGUUCACACUAGUGGUCAGAAAUUGACGCUGUAA